AUUCUUAAAACCCGUUUCUUGUGUCAAAACUCAAAACCACCAUCACUACUACUCGCCAAAACCCGAUUUUUAAUUCCAAAUAUCUUCCCAAUAUAAAAGACAGAAAAGUUGAACUUAACUUUGACUACGUCAUCGAUCCAUCGUUAAAAUCGAUCUGGAUUUUGCUUUCACUUACUUAGGAAAAAACUGUGAAUUUAUUUUUGUUUGUAUCAAAAUUACUUGGUUGUGAGAAUGAUGAAUGGAGAGCGAGCUGCGAAUAUUGCUCUAGCAGGUUUAACACUGCUGCCGCUAGCUGUUAAGGUAAACCCAAAUAUAAAUGUCAUUUUGACAGCAUGUCUCUCAGUUUAUGUGGGUUGUUACCGCUCUGUCAAGCCAACACCUCCUACUGAGACUAUGUCUAAUGCACACGCCAUGCGUUUCCCGCUAGUUGGCAGUGCGAUGUUGAUGUCUUUGUUCUUGCUCUUUAAGUUCCUGUCAAAAGAUUUGGUCAAUGCUGUUCUAACAGCGUAUUUCUUUGUGCUUGGCAUCCUUGCAUUUUCGGCGACACUUUUACCUGCAAUUAAGCGGUUCUUACCUACCAAGUGGGAUGAAGAUGUUAUUCAUUGGCAUUUCCCUUAUUUUCGCUCUGUGGAAGUUGAGUUCACAAGGUCUCAAGUUGUCGCUGCUGUUCCUGGAACCUUUUUUUGUGCUUGGUAUGUUGCUCAGAAGCAUUGGCUGGCCAACAAUAUAUUGGGACUUGCAUUCUGCAUUCAGGGAAUUGAAAUGCUUUCCCUUGGCUCAUUCAAGACUGGAGCCAUCUUGUUGGGUGGGCUUUUUUUCUAUGAUAUAUUCUGGGUCUUUUUCACCCCAGUGAUGGUCAGUGUUGCCAAGUCAUUUGAUGCGCCUAUAAAGCUUGUGUUCCCAACGAGAGAUGUUGCACGUCCGUUUUCUAUGCUCGGUUUAGGUGACAUUGUAAUUCCAGGCAUUUUUGUAGCCUUGGCGCUGAGAUUUGACGUGUCAAGAGGGGGAAAGAGCAAUUACUUCAAUAGUGCUUUCUCGGGAUAUGCAGUUGGUGUGAUCACUACAAUUGUUGUUAUGAACUGGUUUCAGGCCGCACAGCCUGCGUUAUUGUACAUCGUACCGGCAGUUAUCGGGUUUUUGGCUGUUCAUUGCAUAUGGAAUGGGGAGGUCAAACCGUUAUUGGAGUUUGACGAGUCUAAAACAGCUAUCAGCGGUGAUGGUGAUGUAGAUGAGAACAAAAGCAAGAAAGUAGAAUGAGAGAGGAACGUUUUGUUUACAAAAUACAGUUAAUUUAAAGUAGGAGAAGCUAUGUUUUCUUUCUUCUUGUUUUAUACUUUUGACUGACAUUAUAACUCCAAUAUUUUUGGUUAACGUAUGCUAUAAAUCUUGGAGUUGAUCUUUUUUUCUUCUC